AGAAUUUCGAGAUGACGACCAACAAAAGCGCCACAGAAUUUUCUCAGCCAUCUCAGCAAGGAGACGGUGGUGUUGCUGCUCCACCAUCACUAUCAUCAGCUGGAGGAGGAGCGGGAGGAGGAAAAAAUGACAAUCAGACUUCUCGCGAAACCAAUCCGAUCCUUAAGAGCGGGCCUCUUUUCAUUUCAUCUAAAGGAAUUGGAUGGACAUCUUGGAAGAAAAGAUGGUUUAUUUUGACAAAAACUUCAUUAGUUUUCUUCAGAAGUGAUCCAAGUGUUGUUGCUCAAAAAGGAAGUGAAGUGAACUUAACCCUUGGUGGUAUUGAUCUCAACAAUUCAGGAAGUGUGGUUGUCAAGGCUGACAAAAAGCUCCUGACAGUUCUCUUUCCAGAUGGUCGUGAUGGUCGAGCAUUCACUCUCAAGGCUGAGACGUCAGAAGAUUUGUACGAAUGGAAAGUUGCACUUGAGAGUGCUUUAUCACAAGCACCAUGUUCCGCAACUAUGAUGUCACAAAAUGGUGUCAUCAAGAAUGAUCAACCCGAAGUGCCUGAGGCAAAAGUCGAAAAGAUUAAUGAAAAGCCACCACCAGCGUCUUUGGUGCUUGGCAGACCAAUUUUGCUUGCUUUGGAAGAUGUUGAUGGAUCUCCAUCUUUUCUCGAGAAGGCUCUCAAAUUUAUAGAAGAUCAUGGGGUUAAGGUGGAAGGCAUCUUACGACAAGCUGCAGAUGUUGAUGACGUUGAGCAUCGUAUUCGAGAGUAUGAACAAGGGAAGAUAGAGUUCUCCCCUGGGGAAGAUGCACACGUAAUUGGUGAUUGUAUUAAGUACUUUCUACGGGAACUGCCAUCUUCUCCAGUACCUACAUCUUGCUGUCAUGCUUUAUUAAAUGCGUGUAGAUCCGAUAAAGGAAAUAGAGUCUCUUCCAUGAGAACAGCAAUAAUGGAAACAUUUCCCGAGCCAAAUCGCCGCUUGUUGCAAAGAAUUCUUUUGAUGAUGCAACAAGUGGCCGCUCACAAAGAGAAAAACAGAAUGAGCAAUUCGGCUGUGGCUGCUUGCAUGGCACCGUUACUACUCCGUCCUCUUUUGUCAGGUGAUUGUGAGAUAGAAAAUGACUUUGAUGUGGGUGGAGAUGGCUCCAUGCAACUUCUCCAAGCAGCAGCUGCUGCUAAUCAUGCUCAAGCCAUUGUUAUAACCUUACUGGAAGAGUAUGAUACAAUAUUCAGUGAUGGUACUAUGUCACCUGGAUUAUACUCUGAUUCGGAGGAAGGUGAGAGUGAGGAUGAGGAGUUAACUGAUGAUGAUGAGUCUUAUGAAGAUGAAGAUGAAUAUGAAGAUGAAGAAGAAGAUGAGAUUGAUGAAGGAUCACUAGGGUCUGAGGAAUAUUCAGAUGAAGAAAUUGAAAAUGGAUCAAUUGGAAGUUGUACUGGGAGUCAUAUUUCUAGUGAAGAAGAUCCGAUAGAUACCAAGGGUUCGGGAAAUUUUAGCAGUCAUUUAAGGUCCUCUGAGAUUGAUGAUAACCUUAAAAAUGUACAGCCCAGUUCUGAUCAAAAUUCAUUGCCACAAAAUGACAAGGAAUGGCAAGAUCAGGGUCACGGAAAAAGUAAAAAGGAUUUAUCACAUUCUGCUGAACUUGCAAGAGUUGAAUCUAACGCUUCAACUCCUCGCAUGAGAAAAUCUUCAAGUAUAGCCGGUAGGCAUGAACGACGAUUGGGUUGGGGACGUACCUCGGCUAAAAAGAACCUUUCAAUGGAGUCUAUUGAUUUUACAUUGGAAGAUGAAGAAGCCGAAAUUCAAAAACUGGAAGCAACCAAAAUUACAUUAAUUAAAAAAAUAGCUGAAGAGGUUGAAGGCAAUGCAGCUUUAGAAGCCAACUUACAAGAAAGAAAGAAGCUCUUGAGUGAGCGUCGUAAAGCUCUAAAGCAAGAUGUUGCAAGACUACAAGAACAACUCCAAAUGGAGAGGGAGAAGAAGAGAAUUCUCGAUUCGGGUCUAAAUCGAACAGAUGAUCUAUCUAAUAUUCCAAACAAAAUUGACGAAAAGACAAAAGCGGACCUAGAGGAAUUAAGUGAAGCAAAUGUCGAAAUCAUCAAUUUGCGAAAGGAGGUAGACAACUUGAGUGUCCAGCUCAUUCAAAAACCUGAACAGAAUUGUGGUGGGCCCAUCACUCAUGUUUUAGGUGAUCAAACUCAACAAAAUGCUCAUCAAGGGAAAUUACAAAAGAAUGGUGAUGCUGCUAACGCACUAGCUUCUGCUAUUGGAAAGUCGUCAAGUAAGGAUGGUCGGAUGAAUAGGACUAAGAGCACAAAAGACAAAAAACUGGAAUCCAAUUCAAACAAGAAGAUGAACCUUGGACAAAGUAGCAGCAAUACUAGGUCAACUAGUUUUAAAAAGUCAAGCAAUACUAAAACUGAGGAGCGACGAGGCUAAGUUGCUGCUGCUAGCAAUGAGCUUCACCAUGCUCCAGACAAAGGAGCUUCAACGACAACUGCUACAUAUAAGAAGAAUUGGCAAUCAGAAGCACGUCAAGGUCCCCUAGAAGGGUCCCAAAAAUAAGAAGACUAGUCUUCUGAAAGAUAUAUAAAGAAACACCUAGAUCAACAACAAUUAGUUUUUAAAGAAUUCAUCCCCGUGUUCAGAGUGUCAAGAAUUCCACCAAGGUCUAGACAAGGAAAGAUCAUAAAGGAACAUGUCUAACAACAACACCUCCGAGGUGUAAGCUAGCCAAGCCGCAUCAACAACAACUUCAACAAUGUCGAGGACCCUUUUGAAAUAAAUUAUCCAGGCUUCUUCCACUGACAUAUCUGUUUUGGGGGGAUUAAUCUUAACCAACUCGAAAAAUAUAUCUUCAAUUUAAAAAACAUUUGAUACUGUCGUAGGAUGUACAUAAUAUAUAUAUAAAACAUCUACUUGAUGUGAACUUCUGUUUUUUUGCAAAUCAACCGAG